AUGGCUAACGACACCGAAACAAUAGUCAACGUAUUCAUUGUGCCACCAUCGGAUGAGUCAAGUGAUGAGCAGGGUGUUGAUGUUGCCCCCGAGGAGAGAGUGGAUGUACUAGGAGUGGAGACGAUUGUAGAGACACAGCAAAAUACCAAGACUUCCGAACCACUUCCAGACCCUCAUCCCGCGUUAUUUCUUGAGGAUGUGCUACGAACGAUCUUCGAGUGGGCUGAUAUCCCAACGCGGGCUGCGGGGGCUGUGGUUUCUCGUCGAUUCAUGCGCCCGGCCCUGGCAGCGCUCUGGCAUAAAUCUGCAAAACUCAUCGAUAUAUUGAGCUUGAUUACUCCGUUGGAGCGGGAGUCCUCGAUGCUUAGUUAUUGUUUCGCUAGGCCUAUCAUGCCGUCAGACUGGAGUAGGUUUACGGAUAUAUACGCACCAUUGAUUCAUGAAGUCCAUUACACCCCAGGUUGGUCUGCAGUAUCCAGGAAACUCAGCCCCAGCGUAUUCGACGACCUCGCCCGAUCUCGCUUGCAGCUCCACAUUUUACCAAAUCUAACAUCCCUCCAAUGGUACCCAAACUCAACUUCAGACCUUAGGCAGUGCGAGAUUUUCCUGUCGCCCAGCCUUCGAUCUUUGGAUGUAUCUAUCCCUUCGGCGGAGGAGAUGUAUGUCGAGGCAUUCUUUGCGAUAACCAAAGCUCGGGCUCCCAACCUGAGGGUAUUUCAGUUUGAGUGCCAAUUUAGGGCAAUCGCUGUCGAGCAUUGGUUGUGCGACCUACUGGAAACCUGCAAGUCCAUUCGAGGUCUUGGGCUUUCACACUACUUCCUUACGACUAAUGUGCUCGCUUCCGCCUCCAAACUCCCGGAACUGGAAGAGAUUUUACUGUGGUCACGAUCCCCUGUGGGCGAGAUUGAAGACGUGAUGACUCUUGAUAUGCACCAACUCCAACCAGGCUCCUUCCCCAAGUUGCGCGAGUUUUCACUCGAUGCUAGCCUUGCUCAGAUGCGGAUUUUCGUGACUACGCCAGCCUUCAACCCCAAGACUCUCACAUAUCUUCACAUAACUUCACUCGAGAUAGAGCGGCCCAAUGAUGUACAGAGUUUCUUGGAGACUUUAGUCGAUGUCUGUCACCCUCUGGAAACCCUUGUGCUUUCCAUGCUCGUCAAAUGGGUGGAGAUCACCCCACCUCCUCGAAUAACCAUGGAACACAUUCAACCAAUCCUUAAAUUCAAGCACUUGCUAGACUUCGACAUAACAUACAAUUAUCCUCUUUAUGUCACAGAUGCGGAUCUAGAGCAUAUCGCCCGUUCGUGGCCUAAUCUCCGUACCCUUAUGCUUUCCGAGUAUCCGUACUUUUGUUCGGACGACAUCGAGUUGCCAAGUCUUGGGGGCUUGAUUCCGUUUGCUGAGCAUUGCCCCAACUUGAUUAAUUUGGGGUUAUUUGUGAAUGCAUCACUCCCAUUCGCGCUCCCAGCUGCCGCUGUCAAGCCAUUUAAAAAGCUACAGCUGCUUAAUUUCGGGCAAUCCUAUAUCCAGGAAAAUGACGUUGUUGGUGUUGCCGCGUUGGUAUCCAGGCUCUGCGACCCCUCUGUUCAAUAA